ACCCGGUUUGCUGUUCCUGCCCCAACUCUCCCUCUCGGUGCCUUCACGCAUCACCCCACCGCUCCCUGCAACUACAACUCUGUUUCACAUCGUCCGCUCGUCAUACUCCCGAGGCCCCGAUCCCCCUUUCAUUUCAACUCGCAUCUCCCGCGCCGCGCCGCCCCAGCCCGGCAGCCCAAAUGGACCUGCCAGUGGUAGAUCUCACGCCGUAUCUCGGGGCCGCAGCCGGCGGCCCGGCCGCGUCGGGCGUGGAGGAGCUGCGCGCGCUGUGCGCCACAGUGAGCGCUAGUCUGCGGGACACGGGGGCGCUGCUGGUGAUGGACCCGCGCUGCUCCGCCGCGGACAACGACCGCUUCCUCGACGUCGUCGAGCGCUACUUCGCCCGAUCCGCCGACGCAAAGCGCCUCCAGGAACGGCCCCACCUCCACUACCAGGUUGGUGUCACACCCGAAGGGGUGGAGGUGCCUCGCAGUUUGGUCGACAAGAACAUGCAGGAGAAGAUCAGGAGCAUGCCUAAGGACUUUAGGCCAGCCACUCCUAAAGGGCCGGACCCGAAAUGGCGAUACAUGUGGAGAGUGGGUCCUCGCCCUACAAACACCCGUUUUAAGGAGCUGAACUCAGAACCUGUUAUCCCUGAGGGAUUACCUGAGUGGGAAGAGAUGAUGGAUUCCUGGGGUUCUAAAAUGAUUUCUGCAAUUGAGGUUGUUGCUGAGAUGGCUGCAAUAGGCUUUGGCCUAUCGAAGGAUGCAUUUACUUCUUUGAUGAAAGAGGGACCACAUCUCCUCGCACCAACUGGAAGUGACCUGCAGCGUCAUGGUUCUGAGGGCACCGUUUUUGCUGGAUUCCACUAUGAUCUUAAUUUCUUGACGAUACAUGGCCGAAGUAGAUUCCCAGGCCUUAACAUCUGGUUAAGGAAUGGUAAAAAGAUGGAGGUGAAAGUCCCUGUUGGUUGCCUUCUAAUUCAGUCUGGAAAACAGCUGGAAUGGCUUACUGGUGGCGAUUGUUUGGCUGGAAUGCAUGAGGUAGUGGUAACUAAGAGGACACUAGAGGCCAUAGCGCUAGCGAAAGAACAGAAUAGAAGCUUGUGGAGGGUUUCAUCAACACUGUUCGCGCACAUUGCUUCGGAUGCAAUUCUUAAGCCGCUCGGCCACUUUGCUGAAACACCUGAUGCUCAUUCCUAUCCACCUAUAUGCGCUGGGGAUUAUGUCGAGCAGGAGCUUUCAGUGAUUAACCUGAAGGGAAAGGAUUAAGUAUAGACUCUAUGCAGCUGGUGCAUCUGGAUAUCUUAUGAAUUGACAGAUAUCAGGAUGCAACACUAAAUCACCCCAACUGACAAUUGGGUAUCCGUUUCCAAAUGCUGCUGUACUGAAGGUGGUUAAGUUGGCCCGAAGACAUGCUUGUUCAUUGCUUGCUCUUGUUAAGAUAGUGGAUACCCUUCUUUGUGAACCACAUAUCACUUAUGAAAAUAAAAUGUAUAGCUUCCUCAUAAAUCUGUCUUUCUCCUUGAAACUGAUAUCCGGCUAGUUCAGACAUCUGUAGUGUCUGAUGUAGUUCCGAAACAGAGAAACUUUUCGAUCGACCAAAAAUAUACUUCUCACGC